CAAGGUAAAUUGAAGUGGGGUAAUGUGGUAAAUACACAUGGAAGUUGAAAGCGUCUCGUGAAGAUGCCCGCGACGCUGCGAUAAUGGCGCGACCACCACCGAUUCAGAUUGUAGAAGAAGAAGAAGAAGAGAACACCGAUUCUGCACUGUUCACUCACCAUCUCCACUUCCUCACAAUUCCCAAUUUUCCAAACCCCUUGACGACGAAGAACCGCCACCACCACCGUCGCAAUGUGGAAGUGGUUUCGGAAAGAGGUAAAACCGCCACCACCGCCGCUGGUGGUUCUGGUGCCUCCGUUAUUCGAUUUCCCUCCCCUCGCCGCGCGCAACAGGAUGCUCGAAUCCUCCUACGACGUCGUCUUCGGGAAACUCGCAUUGAGGUGCCUCUUCAAUGAUUACUUCCAAUCUCCCAAGCAUUUCACCACGCGAAUCAUGUUCAAGCCAAUCGAUGAACCUCACGUCGAUCUCAUCGCAACUGUUUCAGGUCCUCUUGAUCAUAAGCCUGAAGAAAGCAUCACAGGAAAUGCGUUAUUUCGCUGGCAAAGUGAUGUUAAUGAUCCUCAUACAUUCAUGGACCUUUAUGUAUCGACAUCUGAUCCGAUUUUGCGGAUGAGGUCGUGCGCUUAUUAUCCUAGAUAUGGAUUUGGGGCUUUUGGAGUGUUCCCUUUGCUGUUGAGGAAAAGAGAAUUCUCCGAAGAUUAUGGUCUGAUGGGGUUGAGAUAUGGUUCUGGAAAUCUAUCCUUUGGAGUCACACUUAUGCCUUUUGCCAAGAAAGAUGAAUUACCAAAAUCUGCAUGGCUGGUGAGCAAGAUGGGAAGGUUGACUGCUGGGGUGCAGUAUGAGCCACAGCAUGGCAAUGCAAAACUUUCAAAUUUGAUGAACUGGAGUUGUGCCAUGGCCUAUGGUGUGGGAUCAGGCAGCCCCUUGAGUCCAUCCUUCAAUUUCAGUCUUGAGCUUGUCAAAAGCUCUCAGUUUGUUGCCUCAUUCUAUCAGCAUAUGGUUGUUCAAAGACGGGUGAAGAACCCCCUUGAAGAGAAUGGUGUUAUUGGCAUUACAAACUAUAUUGAUUUUGGGUUUGAGUUACAAACAAGUGUUGAUGAUGCCAUAGCCACAAACAAUAUCUCAGACUCCACUUUUCGAAUAGGAGCAUCCUGGCAAGCCAAUAAAAACUUCUUGCUGAAGGCAAAGGUUGGACCUCGCAUCUCUUCAAUGGCACUUGCAUUCAAAUCAUGGUGGAAACCUUCUUUCACUUUCAGCAUUUCAGCCACUAGAGAUCGUGCAGAUGGUCAGAUUCAAUAUGGAUUUGGCAUCCAAAGUGAAAGUCUCAGAGAAGCCAGUUAUCAAAGAGCCGAUCCCAAUUAUGUAAUGCUCACGCCAAGCAAGGAGCACUUAGCAGAAGGCAUUGCCUGGACAACAGGGCAGCGACCUAUGCUACAAUCUGACUUAGAUGCAGGACAGUUUGAAGGCUUACCCAGAGAUUUAAGACCCCUUGAUAAAAUUUUGUGAAAUUUUUUAGCUUCAUUUUUCCUUUUGCCUAUAAUGAAAAUUGUUUUAGGAAUGAUAGGUGAGAAUGCCUCCAUAAGAAUGUAGUCUUGGGCACUGCAUUCAACUAGUAACUAGAAUUUUAACACGAGAUGCCGUGCUUCUUUACGGCACCGUACGGAUCUUGCUCAGUCCUAAUUUUGAUUCCCAGUCCCACUGGUAUAGGCACAAAUUCCUCCUAUGGAUUAUAAUUUUCCAUGACUUUAUAACCCAUUAUACAUUUAUAUUGUAUAUUUACCUUCUGCGCACUAGAAUCAUAGCAGUUGCAGACUGAGGUCCAGUCUCCUUUAUCUUCAUGUUGAACUUACGCUGCUGGGCGGCAAUCUGACC